AUGAAAUUAGAAAAACCUUCUCUGCCUUCUUCUUCCUUGCUAUGCGCCGUACCUCGUUCUCUCUCUGAAACUCGCUCACCCUAUAGAGUCGUUCCUCGCAGGGUAAAGGUUUCAUCUUCCACUUUAGCCAAUUCAAAGCUUGUAACUUUGAGAUCUUGCGCAGCUAAGUUGCACGUGUAUAAUUCCAUGGCCGCCUCUGAUCAGCGCCGUUCUCGCCACCACGAUGAAAGCCCAUCAAACCCGAACAAGAGGAAGAAGACAAGCCAAAAACCAGAAAAGAAUCUACUUAUCAAUCUCCAUUCCUGUACCAAGUCCAAGGACCUUGAAGCUGCGUUAGCUCUCUAUGAUGAAGCCAUCACUUCUGGUGACGUCCGCCUCGGCCAGCAACAUUUCCAGAGCCUUCUUUACCUCUGCUCAGCUUCCAUUAGUGACCCUGAUCUCGAAACCCUUGCCAUAUACCGUGGAUUCCAGAUUUAUGACCGUAUGGUUAGUUCAGGGAUAAGUCCCAAUGAGUCCACCGUCACUGCAGUGGCGCGACUAGCUGCUGCCAAAGGUGACGGUGAUUUUGCUUUCAAGCUUGUCUUAGACAUUGUUGCUGGAGGCGUAUCAGUCCCACGUCUGAGAACUGUUGCUCCAGCUUUGCUCUGUUUCUGUGAGAGAUUGGAGGCUCGACAGGCUUACGAAGUGGAAGAGUACAUGGAUGCUUUAGGUAUUGUGUUGGAGGAGGUGGAGAUCUCGGCUUUAUUGAAGGUAAGCAUUGGCACAGAGCAGGCAAACAAGUUUUAUAAAUAUUUGCAUAAGUUAAGGGAAAAUGUUGGCUGUGUUAGUGAAGAGACUUCAAAAAUUAUCGAGGAAUGGUUUAGAGAGAAAGCUAGCGAGGUUAGAGGGAAAGUUUCUGAUAUUGAGUUGCUUAGAGCAGCUGUUUUGAAGAAUGGGGGUGGGUGGCAUGGGCUUGGGUGGGUUGGGGAAGGCAAAUGGAUUGUGAAGAAAGGUAAUGUUAGCCCUGCCGGGAAAUGUUUGAGCUGCGGUGAGCAUUUGGCUUGUGUAGAUGCCAAUGAGGUAGAGACUGAGAAGUUUGUAAAUUCUUUGGUUGCUUUGGCUAUGGAGAGGAAGGCCAAGAUGAAUUCAUGUGAGCCAACGGCGGACUUCAGCGAGUUUCAGGAGUGGCUUGAAAAGCAUGGAGAUUACGAAGCUAUACUAGAUGGAGCAAAUAUUGGGCUCUACCAACAAAAUUUUGCAGAUGGUGGUUUCAGUCUACCACAGCUUGAAGCUGUAGUGAAUGAACUUUACAAGAAAAGUGGUAACAAAAAAUGGCCGCUAAUUCUCUUGCACAAGAAACGGGUGGAUGCGCUUUUGGGAAACCCUAAUCACCGGGAACUGGUAGAAGAAUGGAUCAAUAACAAUGUCCUAUAUACGACUCCACCUGGUUCUAAUGAUGAUUGGUAUUGGCUGUAUGCUACUGCUAAGCUCAAGUGUUUGCUUGUGACUAAUGAUGAGAUGAGAGAUCACAUUUUUGAACUGUUAAGUACCAGUUUUUUCCAAAAAUGGAAAGAAAGGCAUCAGGUUCGGUAUACAUAUGUGAAAGGUUGUCUAAAGCUUGAAAUGCCACCUCCUUUUUCGGUUGUGAUCCAGGAAUCGGAGAAAGGGUCAUGGCACGUUCCGAUCACGUGCCAAAACAUUGAGGAGUCUGUAAGGAAUUGGAUAUGCAUUAGGAGAGAGAGUCUAUAUAUUCACUCGCGAGAAAAAAUCCAAUGAGUUACAUGUAGAAUUUUACAUUACUGUUUUCUGUUUUUGUUUUUGUUGUACGAAACAAUAUCUUUACAAGAUUUUGAAAAUUUUGUUUUAGUAAGAACUUGUUUUAUUUUU